AUGUCUUCAAGCACUGUGGGUUCAACACAAUGGAUGGCAGAAGUGCGAUGUUGGUGCGACAAAUUGGCUCCGGUCAAGAUGUCGUGGAGUACUGCGAAUCCAGGGAAGAGAUAUAGAGCUUGUCCACAUUAUGGAGGUAAUGACAGCUAUAGGUAUUUUGAAUGGAUUGACUCCGAUGUCUCAGAGCGUGUUUCCAGAAUUAUUAGAGGGCUAUUGAAAAGAUUGGAUAAGAAGGAGAGUGAAAUCCAAAGGCUAGAAAUCAUAAUUGAAAAAGAAAAUGGUGUGAUUAAGAAGAUGAAGUUGGAGUCUAUGUUUCACUUUUUCUAUGGGUUUGCAUUUGGAAUUGCAGUUGCCCUUAUUUGUAUGAGACUUGGGAUGAAAACUGGUGAACCAAGUCCAAAGCUUUUCCAGCUCAAUUAG